AUGGAGCAUGUAACACUUAUUAAAGAGACCUAUAUUGCCUCAGCACGUGGAGAAAUACCAAGCCUGACAAAACAGUCAGUCCUCGAUGUUCCUCCUAUAAGCUACGGCUGGGAAGUCACUGGUCGGGUCUCGUCUCUUCCAUUGCAGAAGCAGCAGGCAUCAUGUAAAUUUGAAAAUGACAAGCCUACACAGUGCUUCAGAGUAGGCACAGCCGUGGUGAGGCGGCAGGUGAGGGAACGACGACGAGGUACGGUGGAAAGCAUACGGCGGAAAGCAUACGGCGGAAAGCAUACGGCGGAGAGCGCACCGCGGGGACCGGACCACGACGAGCGGACGGCGGAGAGCGCACCGCGGGGACCGGACCACGACGAGCGGACGGCGGAGAGCGCACCGCGGGGACCGGACCACGACGAGGUGAGGACGGCGGAGCGGGCCGGAGCACGUGGAACGGUUCACGGAGGUCACAGCAACACGCGGGGCGGGGAUUCCCGGACUGUCCCAAGCACCGGGAUCGUUUUUUUUUUACCCUGGCCUAAUCUCAUCACUUGUUUCAAGCAAAUCAUGUCACGGAGAACCACUCCCCUUCAGGAUGCCAUUAAUCACAUUCUUGCAAGAAGAGACAAGAAUUCAAUGUUAGAAAUCAAAUUUAUUAAUUCAGUUAAAGGUCGUGGCAUCUUCACUUUAGCCAAUUUCAAACAAGGAGACUUUGUGGUCGAGUAUAGAGGGGAGCUUAUUGAUGCAACUGAAGCUGAACACAGACGUAACCUGUACCACAGCGCAUGUUCAGUCUUCAUGUUUGAAUUCAUAUGGAAGCAGAAGACAUUGUGUAUUGAUGGAGCACUUGAAGAUGGGUCAUUUGGGCGACUAGUAAACGAUGAACACAGGACACCAAAUUGCAGAAUGAAGUUGAUUGAAGCAGAAGGGAAGCCACAUCUCUGCCUUUUUGCACUGAAGGAAAUUGCGGCAGGAAGUGAAAUUACUUAUGACUAUGGUGGGAAAGAAUGGCCCUGGCGGAAAAAGCUAAAGAUCGCAAGCAUCCCUUCUGGUCAACAGUGUGUUGCAGAGCCUAUUGCCCAUGACGUGGAGCACCAUGUGAUCUCUACAGACUCAUUCACAGACAGAGAAUUAAGAGCAGAGUGUCAGUCAUCUAGACCUACAGCAGACAACUCUGAGCAUGAGGUGCAUUCUGUUGGAGGUCAGCGUGGCACUUCUUCUCUGAAAGAGUUAAUUGGUGAAGUUGGUGUCCAGUGUCGGGAGUUGUCACCCCAAGCGUUCUCAGAAGAACUUACCAGUGAGAGCAAAUCGAAAGAGGUGCCACAAUCAUCCAGAGCUGUGCCUAAUGACUCUGCUUGUGAGCUAAAGAUCGCAAGCAUCCCUUCUGGUCAACAGUGUGUUGCAGAGCCUAUUGCCCAUGACGUGGAGCACCAUGUGAUCUCUACAGACUCAUUCACAGACAGAGAAUUAAGAGCAGAGUGUCAGUCAUCUAGACCUACAGCAGACAACUCUGAGCAUGAGUGUACAAUUCAUAGGCUGGUAUUUGAAUCGGUGAAACUUGACAAAUGCGGGAUAUGCCAUUCACCUUUGACAGCUAUCAGAUGGCACGGUCUAAGAUGCAAGCAAUGCCGUUGUGUGUGGCAUAAGAUCUGCCUCCAGACAUCUUCAGAAGACUGGGAUAUGUCCGACGGUGAUGUCUCAUCUGAUGAAGAAUACAUCCCAAAUUCUGCAUCAGAUUCAGAAAGCUCAGGAACAGAGUUGUCUAUUGAGUUACCUGGACCAUCAAAAAACUCCCAUGCUGCUAGCAUGCCUGAUUUAUGCGUUACUUUUGCUGAAAAAGAACAGACCAUGGAUGUUAAGAACAACUUUGAGCACAUUUUGAAUGAUCUUGAAACUACUGAUGAUCUUCAUCCCGACCAAGAACCAGACAGCUCAGAGUCAUGCCAGCAGAAAACAAAAGAUGCAUCCUUAUCAAACCUGAGUGAGGCAAAAUACAACAAGGUCGACAGCCUUCCACUGACCAGAGAUGUUCAGAAGCUGCAGUUAUAUCUUGGAGGAGGGAAGGUGAAGUAG